UGGGUCUUCUUCUUUCUCAGCUCGCAGCUCCUCCAUUUUCACUCUCAGGAGCAACCGUAAAAUGGGAAGGCCUCAAAGAAAGAGCGGAGGCGGAGCCACCGGCGGAAACGAUCAACUUCACGCCGCAGCCAGAAACGGCGACUUGAGUUCCGUCAUUUCUAUUUUGGCAUCUAACCCUUCGUCUGUCAAUUCCAGAGAUAAGCACUCCCGGACUCCACUGCAUUUGGCAGCAUGGUCUGGACAAGCAGAGGUUAUAAAUUAUCUAUGCAAGAACAAGGCCGAUGUUGGAGCCGCUGCCAUGGAUGAUAUGGCUGCUAUACAUUUUGCAUCUCAGAAAGGACAUUUAGAAGUAGUUCGUACUUUGAUCUCAUGUGGCGGAUCGUUAAAAGCUUCUACUAGAAAGGGUAUGACCCCACUGCACUAUGCUGUGCAAGGUUCGUAUUUGGAGCUUGUUAAGUACUUAGCAAAGAAAGGUGCAAAUUUGAGUGCUAGAACAAAGGCAGGUGAAACCCCUCUUGAUUUGGCUAGUAAUGAAGAAAUCCGCUUGUUCUUGGAAGAAUACGAAAAAUCAUCUAAGAAAGAAGAGCCAAAAGAUAAAGGGAAAGCCGGGAAAACUCAUUCACAGCCAACAGUAUCAGGAGAAGAUGAGGCACCCUCUCCGAAGGCAAAUGAGACUGAAAAUGAAGAAGAUCCAGGAGUUGAGCAGUCAAAGAAGCAAAGUGAUGAAGAAGACCAAGGGGACGAGCAAUCGAAGAGGAAGAGUGAUGGGACUAUUGGUGAGGAAGCCCUGUCAAAACCGAAGAAGGCGAAAGUCGCCCUUGGCCAUCUUCUAACAUCGGAUGACACACAGGAAGACGACGAAAACUCAUAAAAAUGGCAUGGAGUGUUGUUGUGUGUAACCAACAUCAUUGUAAUAACAUUAACACACCUUAAUCCUUACAGCCCCUUCUCCAUAUGUUUACUAUCAACUCCAGGAUUUUACCUGUGUCUAAUCAUCACAUCAAAGGUUUCAUAGAUGUUAUCUCUCACUAACAUUAUUUCUUUUCUUAAAUCUAGUCCAUUAGAUUGUUACCGAA